AUGGAACAGCCAGUCCCCCAAACAAACCCCGAAAGCACUAAUGCUACAAUUCUAUUGAUGGGGUUGCGCAGAGGCGGUAAGUCGUCUAUUUGCAAGGUCGUGUUCCACAACAUGCAGCCUCUAGAUACCUUGUAUUUGGAAAGUACCUCCAAACCAACUAGCGAGCAGUUUCUGUCGCUCAUUGACUUAUCUGUCAUGGAGUUGCCCGGCCAGCUCAAUUACUUCGAGCCCACUUACGAUAGUGAGCGUUUGUUUUCAAGCGUGGGUGCCUUGGUGUAUGUGAUUGAUUCCCAGGAUGAGUAUCUCAACGCCUUGACUAAUUUGUCCAUGAUUAUCGAGUUUGCCUAUAGCGUCAACCCCAAGAUUCACAUUGAGGUGCUUAUUCAUAAAAUUGACGGGUUGUCAGAGGACUACCGAAUUGAUGCUCAACGUGACAUCAUGCAAAGAACUGGAGAUGAACUCUUAGACCUAGGGUUGGAAGGCGUUCAAGUAUCGUUCUACUUGACGUCGAUUUUCGACCACUCUAUCUAUGAGGCAUUUUCUCGGAUUGUUCAGAAGCUCAUUCCAGAAUUGCCCUCACUUGAGAACAUGCUCGAUAACCUUGUAGCACAUUCUUCUAUCGACAAGGUGUUUCUCUUUGACGUGAAUUCCAAGAUCUACGUGGCCACGGACUCGUCGCCAGUUGAUAUUCAAACGUACGAGGUGUGUGCGGAAUUCAUUGACAUCACAAUUGACUUGGACGAUUUGUAUGUGGAUCACGAGAAGGAUGAGGGAGUGAAAAAGGACGAAAUUAAGUCCAUCUCCUACCUCUCCAAUGGGUCCAUUUUGUACCUCAAGCAGAUGAUCAGAGGAUUGGCAUUGGUUGCACUCAUCCGUAAUGACGAGGAAGGUGCCGAGGAUAAGGCUGAGAACAUGGAUGAGCUCCUUACUAUUAUUGAUUUCAAUGUCGGUUUGUUUAAGAAAGCUCUCAUGAAGAUGUGGGAGAGCUCCAAAUUUGAGCCACGGGCUAUUGAAGGCAGAACAUGA